UCCAGCUGAUCGGCCCAGGAUUCCCCGGUGGCUCUGUCCGUCGUUGGCUUCUCCAACACCUCAGCGUCGAGUUUAACUGUUUUUAUUGUAAAUAUCCUGUGGCCGCCAGUGUCGGCAAGCCCCCCGUCAUCCUGUGAAACUCUGAAGGAUAAUCUGACCGUGGUAUUGACUCUGUACCUAUUAAAGCCGAGGGAUCUAAACGCAAAAACGAGGCCCUUAGUCCAUCCCCGGAUUCACCUGCUACGCGGAGAGACUCACGAAAGACCGACAUGGGGGACACGGGGAGCGAGGGCAGCAAGCCUCCGACUAACGUAAACGUUAUACCCCCGCGCUGUCCCUGUGGGUUCUGGGGGUCAAGCAAAACUAUGAAUCUCUGCUCAAAAUGUUUUGCAGAUAUUCAGAAGAAACAGCCAGAUGAAGAUUGUGCCCCAAAGGCCUCCUCAAGCUCCAGCAGCAGCCAAGCAGACAUCUUCUGUAAUGACACAAACAGCAGCAUAAGUCAGUCCCUCAUAUCGAUGCCUAACUCGUCAGAAAACCCGUUGCCAUUAGAGACAGGCGUGGCAUCUUUACCUGCUCAGGAUGAGGUAUCCAGCUCAGACACAGCCUACAGUGCACUCUCCACUCCCACAAAACGCUCCUUCGAGUCAGCCUCUGAAUCAGAAAGUGAUGUUUCACCUGAAAAGCGAGCGAGAGUGGGUGAGGUGUCAGAGGGCGACCAGUCUUCAUCAUCAUUUUCAUCUUUCUCUGCAUCAUCAUCUUCGUCUCGCAGUGGUUCUAAACAGCGGAGCCGCAAACGUUGCCAUCGUUGCCAAACCAAACUGGAGCUGGUACAGCAAGAGUUGGGCUCCUGUCGCUGUGGUUACGUCUUCUGUAUGCUCCAUCGGCUCCCAGAGCAACACGAGUGUCUGUUUGAUCACCUUGGCCGCGGUCGCCAGGAGGCCGUCCUUAAGAUGGUCAAGCUUGAUCGCAAGGUGGGUCGCUCAUGCCAGCGCAUCGGAGAGGAGUGCUCUUGAGCGACCUCUUGAAUCUCGCCGUUCAGAUGGUAUCUCGGCACCAACAGGGAUUGUUUUUUUUUUUUUUUUCUCUUUUUUUUUUUUUUUUCAGGAUUUUGACAGGUUUUCUCCACAAAAAAAAAGACAUUUUUAUUUUGAAGUAUGUUCACUCUUCUUAAAUCCCACUAUAUUCCCUGCUUUUGUUGGCUUGAUCACAUCCCUGCCGCUGAGAUGCCUUUUGGAUACUUCAAACCCAGGAAUGAAAGAACAAUAAAAAGCAAAGGAAUUCACUUCUCUUUUUUAUGGAAAUUCCUGACUACACAAGAAUGAGUGCAGAAAAAAUUGAAUACAAGGAUGUAGAGAAGAAAUACAAUGCUUUAUACAAAUGUUUGUCCCAGAAGCCAGUUUAAGACUGUACUAUUUACCUCAAAAAAAAAAGAAAAAAAGAAAAAAAGAAUGAAAACCAGGCAAAGGAGGAGGAAGGGAUGGCUACCCUUUGUGUACACUUUUACUUUACCUCAAAAGUCAGACAGAGCUACUCUGCACCAAGCCUGAACUUUGUGGAGCAAACCCAGCUAUCCAGCCUCAGUUGAAGUCAGUGUCUUACCCUCCGAUCGUUCACCAACUCUAAUCUUAAACCCGACAGAAACCCAACCUGUUAAUCAUCCAUCUCAGGUUAUCAGGAUAUUAAAGCCCAAUCCUCCUACCAAUGUUUUUCUGCUAAGGAGCACUUUUUCCUCCAUUGUUCGUUAAAAGAUGAUACUGCAGAUGUUCCUGCAUCAUUGCGAACACCACCGUGGACGUUACUGCAAGUCCAAGCAUGAGCUGGACUCUUAACACACACUGCGCUUGUGGGACCGGUGAGCUGGUGUUCCUUGGAUUUCACAUGGAUCUGUCUUCACUUUGGGGAAAGUUGUUGAGGAUUUUCUCUGUCUUCCUCUUUUUUUUUUUUUUGUCCUGAUCCAAUUCUUCUCAGCUGUCUCACACAAACACACACCAUCGCACAUACAGUCGCAUCUUUCACCAUGCAGACUGUAUGUGUCAGAUGUGUCGAAACUUCAGGACAACAUGACAGACAUUGAAUUGUUUUCACUUUUCAAAUCGGACCCAGAAUGUCUACAUCGUACAUGUUCACAUAUUAAUGUACUUUUUGCAAAUGCACACACUCAUAUUUUUAUGCUGUUUUCUGUACGAUCAGAUAUUGCUGUACCCUUUGAGUUCAGACUGAAAUUGCGAUGGCAGCGCGUGGUCCCGUUUUGGAUGGUGACAGUUGCUAUAGUUCGGUCGUUCAUAAUGUCCGCUCCAAUUAUCCAUGUUUCUAUAGUAAUUUUUAGCUUAAUAUGAAACAUGUUUCAUAAUUUGGGUUUUCAUUUCUUUUCCCAACACGUCGGUGUCCCUCCCUACAUCAAUAUCCCAUGUUUUGAUUUCCAGCUAGCAUGAUGAGCUCACAUGCAUUCUCCUCCUUCUGCCUUUCUCUUCCGUUGGCUCAUCUUUCCAAAUAUUGAUUGCUCUAUUUUUCUUUAUUUCCCCCCUCUCUGUCUUCCCUCCUCCCUCUUUCAUGUAGUAGAUGACGGAAUAGGGAGUUGGUGACUGAUGUGAACAGAAGCUGAAAGUUAAAUUCAUCACAUUAUUGCUUUCAAAUGUUCUCUGGUGGAUUAAAGAAUGAACAAGCAGAAAAUGCAUAAUAAAUGAGUCUUCUGUAUGUAAUGAAAAACCUUAUUUAACCCCCUUUUUACGUUACAGAAUUACUUAUACUUUAGUUUAGAGCUGCAAUUUUUGGCUGUAAUGUGGUAUAACAUGGGAUGGUUAAUAUGGGAGCUCUAUAAUUUUUGUUUUCUUUGCUUUUACUAUUUGCCUCCUCUUUCAUUUACUGAGAAAGAAUAAACUGGAUUAGACAAAGUGUGAA